UUUCAACUUUCCAGUUUUGGAUCUGGUUUUGCAAACAUGACGAAUCUAAAAACGCUUAUCUUUGGUUUUACUGGCUGUAAAAUUCAGGCACUAAAAAAUGACACUCUCAGAUCAUUUCGGCAUAGUGACAUUGAAAACCUUGACUUUGUGAACUGCCCCCUUCACGGAUCUAGACAAAAUGGCCUUCAUACAUCUUAGGAAACUUAAAAAUCUUAUCCUUUCUAAUGCUAUGCAGGUUACUCCAAAAGAAGCUGUGACUUCCAUGUAUAGUCUGAGUUACCUCAACAUGACCUCUGUUUACUUUGAUCGUAUAUAUCCAUUCAGAGACUUACAGUAUGGCAGCCUGGAUCGAAGGAUCCUGACGAAGGCCAUACUAGAAAACCUGAAGGAUGUGUGCGUAGAAAUAUUUUCUAUGAAGAGUAACAAGAUACUGUGGGUUGACACCUCCAUUUUGAAACCUGAUUCUCGUUUCUCCAACUGUAUUGAACAUAUUGAUUUUUCUGAUAAUCACUUAUUAGGGGAUAGGAUGUUGAUAUUCAGUUUAUCCUUUGCGCCACGUAUUUUGUUUGUCAACGUUUCAAACCAUUUCAGGAAAAAUGAGUUACUUUCGAAGAUGCCAAAUUUCGGAUUUCCUGCAUCAUCACCAAGCUUCGGGUUCUCGUGUCCACCAACUCUACAAUCCCUGUACAUCCACGGUACAUUAAGUGACAUAGGGAAGUUGAAUAGUAAAAUCGUGAUUUUAAAUGCAGUAUCACUCCGGAGAUUUAUCUUUGCCUUCAAUGGGCUUGAAGCUUUUCAGUAUGGUGUUUAUGGCUUAGAGAACCUCACAGAGUUUGACCUCUCGGGUAAUUCCUUGGGAAAAAUGAAACCCGACACUAUGACCUAUUUCCCGAGCCUUGAAAUUCUAAAGAUGUCUCAAAUUGGACUUGACAGAAUUUUCCUUUUAGAUCAUGGAAGUGAAGUUUUUCGACCCUUAAUUAGGUUAAACACUAUCGUUCUCAGUUACAAUGAGCUUACAGUCAUGGAUCGGAAGAUAUUUUCUAAUAAUCCGCUAACCAAUAUCGAUCUAUCAUUCAAUCGCUUUGAGACUGUCCCAUUUGAUCUGGCAACCAUACCUUCCCUGCGUGACCUUGACCUCAGCUUCAACUCGCUCCCUGUUCUAUCAGACACAGAGAUGACCCUUGUUGAUGACUUGGCAGCCAGACACAACUUUUCUCUGAACCUGAAUGGCAACCUUCUGUCUUGUGGCUGUAAAAGCCUUGACUUUGUUCUGUGGCUUUUCUCAACAGAUGCAACCAUAAAGAGUAUAGACGACUAUAUCUGCGUGCUGGAGAACGGACGCACUGAGUCCCCAUCAUAUGUUUAUAGUCACUACGAAGAAAUAUGGAGACGUUGUUCGGGUCCAUUUUGGCUUUCUUUUUGCAUUUCGGGUUUUGCAAUACUCUUCUUCUUAUUCACUCUAACGUAUAUGAUAAGUCAAAAGAAGACUCUCCUUUUCAAUAUUUUAUUGCGGUUGUUUGGCUUUGUAAAUGUUCCAAACCCAUUGAGACGGGUUGACGUCCCUAACGACGCCUACAUCGGCUACAGCGACGUUGAUUACCAGUACGUCUGUCACACUGUGAGAGAAUACCUAGAAGAUAGACACAGAGUCAAGCUCUUCCUCAAGGACAGAGACACCAUCCCUGGAGGACAAAUAGCCGACGACAUCAUCAACGGAAUAGAUUCCAGUUGGAAAACGGUCCUCAUUAUCACUCAGUCGUUUGUAGAGGAUCAGUGGUGCCGCUUCAUUGUCAACCGUGUUGUGUAUUCGUCUUCGAGAAUGCCCACAGGAAGCAUUGUUCUGGUGCUGUUUAGGGACGUGAGACCAGGGGACAUCCCUCCCACCUUACUGAAUGUCGUGGAGGAGAGACACAUCUUUAGUGUGGGUAGAUACAUGGGCGAUGAAGGCAGGCUGUGGGCGGAGGUCAGCAAGUGCAUCAAGACGGAUGAGGAAUGAAAAAUCAUUUAUAUCAUCUACUCAAACAAGAAACGUGAAUUACUGAGAGAUAAACAUAUUCAUCUCCAAGCAAAAUUGAGAAGGCAAUUGUGUUUUUAAAUGCAAAUGAUCAUGGAACGGCAGUUGUGAGGGGAGACACAGUUAACUGUAUUUUAUGUAUGUGUAUUGUGAAUUCAUGUUUAUUAUCAUUAACUGUUGUCAAACAGCAGGGCUUUGGGAACAUUGGAUUGAUUUCAUUACACAUAUUGUAUAUUUGCGUUAUAUUUCAUUAGUGUCAGGUUCGGAAAAGGUCCUGAGCACUGUUCUUCUUCUUAUGGUCGUAUGUAGCUAACUUGGGUGAAAGGUGACGUUCAGUGAGUUCCUAUUAUCAGACCUGUGAAGUGUUGCCUGUGUCGCCAGCCAUUGAUUUACUGGUCCAGACAGGUAUUUAUAGGUAGCCAUCAUAAAGCAGAAAUAUUGUUGUCCUUGGUGAACCACUACAAACACAAGUCUUGUAAAUGUUAGUUUUAUACAUCUGUAUUUCUGUGACAUGGCCGACGGAUGUUCACAUAGCGUUAUUUCUUUUCAGUAUCGAUACAUUCGACAUUAUUCCUAUAGGUCAUGAUGCAGUUCUUUGUAACUAUCUAAAUAUAACAACUGUCGAGAAACUUGUAUUGACAGAAAUACCUGUGCAAUUUGUGCAACAGACGUAGGUUCCCGUUUUACAGUUCUGUCCGCAGGAUUGUGUCGGCAUCUCAAUAUGUGUCAAUAUGCGUUUCAAUCAUAUGAAUAAAUAAUGUUGAAUGUUAAUUUUUGUCCCGAUUGAAUUAUAUUUCAGUUGGUCCCAGAUUGUCAGAGCGCAAAAUGAUUUUAUUUCGCCUGAGUUGACAUAUUGAAAUAAGUGUCACAUAAUGUUUGAUAUUAUACAAGAAUCUGAAGAGGAAAGAGUUUAUUUGGCAACUUAGUGAUUUCAGGAAUCUGUCUCGUCACUUUUAAUUUUCGAUCCAUGUAUAAAGACAUAUUCCAGUAGGUAAAGCCUUCUGUGUUACACAACUUUUAAGGUACAGUGGAGCUCGCUUUCUUGGAAGAUUCCAAAGAUCUCUACGCGACUCCUGUUCAAAAUGAGUUUGAUCAAGGUUUGCAACAAGCAAGGGACUGAGUAAAGAAUCAAAAAGUUUGGUAGACAUGUGAAACACAUUAAAAAGUUAUCGCAUCAGUGACAAAAUGUAUGUCAGGUGCAAUUCCAUAUUUUGACUGUUCCCGUGUUUUACAUAUGAAGAACUAUUUGCUGUACGGUGAACAUUGAAGUUUUGGGGGAAUACUACAAACAUUCGGAUGCCCACUGUUCACCUUACAGCCUGUUAUUAAAACCGUUGUUUCGUUGUACAACCUUUGAAUUGAACAUGCAAUGUGUAUAACUUUACCGUAUUUUCAUUAUGUUUUAAGUUUGCAUGCCUACAUUUUACCUCUUAAGUAUAUCUGUAUGUAUACAUAUAUAAUCUAUGUUCAAAUGAUGAUCAAGUAAUGUUUUCCUUAUAUGAUAUAUAAGCUUAUGUAACUCUCAUACAGUGGCUCAUACGUUUCAUAUUUUGCUAUAUUUUACCUGUUUUAAAUGUACUUUUAAUGUAUAUAAGAGGUGUGGUUCAAAUAAACUAUAUGCCUGUU